UUCAUGUUUCUCGUGUAAGAGCCCAUUCCUUCUCUGCUUACUGUGCUGUGAUACAACGAGCGAACCGUACAAAUAUUUAAGAGGUAUAAUGGGGAGUCAAAUAGGAGCUUUGUUUCAAAAUGAAACACUGAAUUCGGAAUCCGGGCCGUGUGCAUUCUUUGACUUCCGGCUAUCCACUUCUGGUCAGAGACUAGUAGUUUAUAAGGGUGCCACAACAGAUUAUCUGGCGGGAGAUCACGUGGUUAAAGUUUUCAAGCAGAAAACAGAAAAUGACCCAGACUCUUCAUAUCAGCGCAGUUUGUGUUACAUUGCAAGCAAAGAAACGGUCGAGAAAUACUUACAGAAAUAUAGAAGAAAGACAAUAACCUUCCUAGAACUUCGUUCUGCAGAAAUGGACCAGAUAUCGGUGUUUACCCGACACAUCCGUUCUAGCGACAAACGUCAUAAACGCCGUCUGCGCGAAGAUGAUGUGGUAGUAUUUGAACAAGAUCUCGGGAAAAACUUCGAAACUUUCAUCGAACGUGACGGGACGGUGAACGCAACCUGUUGUGGUGAACUGCAGGAGUUCGUCCAUUUCGUUUACAACGAGUCGAAAGGGCAAGAAAUUGUGACGGGACUGAAGGGAGGGACAUUUAAUCAAGGUAAAAAGUUCAAACUUACAUCACCUUCCAUGCAUUCUGUUGGAAAGAAAUAUGGACCAGACGAUUGCGGGGAAAAGGCUAUCCUAAACUUUUUCACUUCACACGUAUGUACAGACGUCUGUUCGCAAUGGCCAAAACCGUCAGUUCAGCACCCAUUUCCUUGUUCAGAAACAUUAAAUAAAACUCACAAUAUAACAACGGUUACCAGAGAAACCGAGAUAUUAAGAGAUGACAUGCCGCCUUUGUAUGAUUCACAAUGGCGUCUUGAUUUCGAGAAAUCGGUGCCGAUUUCCUCAUAUUUACAACCAUCAGCACCCCCACCUUAUGACUUAAUUAUCUGAAUGAAACGGCAUCGUCGCUUUCAGCCUUUUCAACAAAUCAGCACUGUCCGUGAUGGUCCCUUGAUAUAGCCACUGCUUUGCUCAACAGGGUAAACCUCUCAUGAUCGAGCUGAGAAAUGCAUGAUACGCUCCGAAUGUCGGGUACGUGCAUUAAGAACAAUGAAGGACAACAGUGGGACAGUCUAGAUCUAGGGGAGUACGGAACAUGUUACAGUGUUCACAGAUAAGAGUUAUUAUGGUGUUAUAACAUGUUAGCGUUGCUUGGCUUUCUGUAACUAUCUGCACUGCUAUCCUUUUAAAUAGAUUAUUCCCUGUGAAGUGUUAUCAUAUAAAAGACACUGGAAAUUCUCCUCGACGUCAGGUGUGUAAACCUGUAUUCAUGUGUUAUAUAUAUUGUAUAAUUACACGCACGGUGUCGCUAUGAUUACGGGUGUCAUCAAGUCUAGUUUAAGAUUUAUAAGACUUUACAUCUAUAUAUAGUCUUACGAAGUGUCUUUCGUUUUACCUAUAUAAAUAACACGGUUGGAGAUUAAGCCUAAAGGUUAAACCUGUCCUAUAUAUAUAUCAUAGCUGUUUAUCCUGCAGUACGGAAAUAAAAUU